AUGGAUGGUGCAGAUGCCGACGUUGGUGCUGCCAGCAAAAGGCCAAGGUCUACUUCCACUGCUGUGCACGACAAGCCAGCACCAUCCAAGGACAGCGAAUCCCACGGAAGUGUUAGCUCUAGGAGAUCAUACAAGAGCCUACAAGAGACGAAGGAAAGUGACCAUGCUGAAACAAGGCAAAUUCACGCGGCACAUGCCAAGUCAUCGAUGGCUUCUGCUAGCAGUGCUGCUGAAAAUAUGUCAGUGGCUUCAUCAUGCUCAGUGAGACAGGAGCACCGUUCAAACUUUUCGGAAGCUCUUAGGGAAGUAGAAAUGCAGCCAUGUGAAGCGGGCACUGGCAGACGCUUAGAAGACAGUAGUGAAAAUCACACUGAAAAAGUGCAAGAUUGGCUUCAAAAGUGCGAUAGUGUUCCUCAGAAGAACACACCUUCAGAACUCGAAAGGUCCGAAGCACAGGAGAGCAGCAGUGGCCUCGCCGAAAAACAACUUGGUUCGAACCGCUUCUUCACCUCAGCCAAUCAUGCAACUAGUGUUUCAGCGAAAAGAAGUUCAGUACUUGAUGUUUCAGACACCGACCCAUACAAGUUCAUCCCGAGUCAAAAGUCUCUGCAAGCAGCACAGCGCGGAAGGAGGAGACGGCUUCGUGGGAAUGGCCGAGCAGCGGGCCUAGGGACAAAACGAUUGUCGCGAAGAAAGUCUGACCGGCAAAAGUCUGUUUGCGAAUUUGAGAACUUGAGAGACCUGUGUGCAGAGGAGAAGGCUCAAGAAGAGGACGAUGCCCGAGAGCUUGAGAUAGAGCUCUUUGUGACUCCAGGUGUCAGGCCUUGUGUUGAAAAAAAGGUCAUCAAUCAGAGGAGGUCCCACACAACAGCAAGAAGGCGGCCACGGAAGGUUAAGAGCAACUUGCAGCUUAAGCCACUAGAAGAGCAAGCAGCGGAAAUGCAAAGAAAAAUUGCAGAAGCCGAAAGCCAUGAGCUUAUUAUCGCCAAAGCUUUGCCAGGAAAUGUGGCGGGCAAGCGGGCUGAACAGAUCAGGAACACUAAUGCUUUGAAGGAUGUUUCCAACCUGAAGGCCCAAGUAGAUAAGGUGCAAAAUGUCGCCGUAUCAUCUUUGCCCAUGUCGCCAAGUGAAGAAGAAAACCUACCUCAGCAACUUUCUCCUGAGGUUGACGAGCCAAUCUCUUGCCUCGCAGAGAAGACCAGCACUGUACUGCACUCAAAAACAUGUGCCGAACCAGUGAAAGGAAAGGACAUUGUUGAUCUGUGUUCUGAUGAGGAAGGAAACAUGGUGGAAGCUUCUGAGAAAUGCAAGGAUUCAGCAGCAGAGGAUACACCAGGCAAAGUGAUGCCAGAUGAGAGGUUUGUCAGCAAUGACACCCAAGAAAAUGCAACCCUCUCUAGUGGGCCCCUUGCUGAUGCUCCAAGCAGUUCGGGGCCUAAAAGCACCAAACAAGGUGACACUGCUCCGGAAGGACAAUGCCAGGAGGACAAUCAGUCAGAGGAACAGAGUAGUGGUCGUCCACUAUCUCUAAAGGACUUCGAAGGAUUUUUCAAGAAGUCGAGCAGAAAAACGUUCGACAUCAAUGCCAGCACACAGGACUUGGAAUCACUUGGUAGUGGUGCAGUGGACACCCUUGAAUUGAUGACUGAUGUCUGCAAUAGCCUGAAGCAGGUUCCGGCUAGUGAACCAGAUCUAGUCCCAAUGUAUGAGGAGCCAGUAUCUGCGGCGAUGCACACCGACCACGAAGCUAACCAGCAGGUCAGCGUACGACGAGCAGGGGAUACAUUACUGCCUCACAAAAAUAGCAAAGUAGACCAGUACGCUUCCUGUUCUAGUGACAGCAUGCACAAGAGCAAAGACCAGCAGCAGUCGCCUUCAGGUUCUACCAGUUCUCCUGCCUCAGUGGUUACUCCUGCAGUUGAACCAGCUGUCAAGGAUAGUAGCUGUGAUGCCUGUCAUGUGACAAACACCAGUGCAGCUUGUCCAGCUUGUAACGCACACCUCUCUUUGGUGUGUGCAGAUGGCGUCAUCAAAGUAAUACUUAAAGGGCAGCCACACCGGCCAGUCCUCGUGGAAACCGGAAUGUGCACCGAAAAACCUUUCACGAAGGUCAUCAUUUGUAGAGAGGCUAUGAUCCAGACAGAAAGCUCAGAUUCCAAAGAAAUUGAUCCUGGAAGCUCUGGUGAUAGUUGUUCAAGCUUACCAUCGCCUCACCUGCCACCGACUGUACCUGAUGCUGUGCAAGUGCAAACUGCAAUGAUUGAAAAUGGUUCAAGCGGCAGAGUGCUCGAUGCUGCAAAGUACAGCCACAUUUCAAACACUUCCAUAUACUUUAAUGGCAGUUCUGCAAAUGCCGCUUGCAGUGGUCUUGAAGGGGAACCUGUCACGCAUAUUCAUACAAAACUUGCAAAACCAACAGUUGAAGAUGCUGUACUGAAAAGUACAAUUUUGGACUUGGACAAUGUUAGCAGGAAGUCUCGAAGCACUGAAGUAUUGUGUGAAAAUACAGAAGACCAGGGAGUCUUGCUAUGCCGACCAAACAUCUUUCGUGCAUCACAGCUUGGGCUCAGGACAAUUGUCGAAGACACUGAAGAGAUGGACACCACCCCAUCAAUGAAAUCAAAAGAAAUUGACAAAUUCCAAAGUAGCCCUUUGCAGCAUGAAGAUAGUCCAGCCAAGUAUGACUGGGAUGAAAAGGGGGAAAUGCAGAGCGAGGUUCAGUGUUCUGCGGAGACAUCCCUGUUAAAGAGCCAGAAUGAGGCGUUUUUGAGGCGAGAGGGCACGAAACUUCCUGAUCUUGGAGGCAAGUGUUCAGAAAGCAGCCUCUCUUCGUCCCACGCGAAAAGAGUGUUACCUCAGUACAAACAGAGCACAGGCUCCAGUUUCCAGAAAGAUCAAAUGGAGACUUGCAAUAAUGACGCGGACUCUCGUAGUGGAGAAGCAUACUUUCAAUCACAAAAAGGUACACAUCACAGCAUGCAAAAGCAGCAUCAUGACUUGAACACUGUGCCAAACGAAGACACCUGUCAGCGGCUCGCACAAGCACCUGCCUCGCAUUCGCCUGGUGUCACUAAUAGAAUAUUGCCAGAAGCAAAGUGUGACCAAGACCUAAGCAGUUCCGUCACGCCUUCGUUUGCAACGGCCAACGAUGAAUCCGAAGUUCAGAAGGCUUCUUUGCGUCAUGCGCACAUGCAUUCCCCAGAAAAGGUUGCUGCCAUUGGUGGUCCCGGGGCGGUCAGUCCAAAUCAAGACGACGGCCAUACUUCAGCAGAAUCUUCGCCCUGGUCUUCUCCGAUCCUGAUCAGAAGGGUAGCUCCGCGAAGUGUCCGAAACAAGGCGAGAAAGGCCUUGGUGUCUAGCGACACAACCUCUCGGGAGGAUAAUACGGACUCCUGUGAAAUCAUCGACGCAUCUUCCAAAGCCAGUUCGGGGCGUAAGUCAUCCAGGCAGAUUCUGCCCAGUGUGGCCGUGGAAAGCGACAGUGACAGUGAUCCUGUGACAGAAUCGGAGGCCCAAGAGCUCCUGAGGCAUGCUGUGCAGGAAGAUGACAGCGAGGAAGCUGCUCUCAUUUUUGCCAAGCGAGCUGUUGCACCACUUGAAGCAUGUAAAAAGCCACGUGUGCCACAGCUACACGCAUCAAAGAGGUCUGUCUGGUCUCCAGGAAAGCGCCACAGCAUUCUGCAACCCAGCCAGCAGCUGGGAACAUCUUCCCAAGGGAAGCACCACAGCCUAUGGAAGAAGCAUGACAGCUCUGUAAACGAUGGUGACAGCUCUGAGAAUACUUGUGGACGCAGCCUAGCCACCACCGUAUCGAGCACACUUUCAGAAGGCCUGGACAGAACACUGAAGGAGAAGAUGCUAGAACAAGACAUUGCAGACAUGAAGAAACAAAUGCUGAUGUUGGAGAAUGAGCUGCAGAAAACUACUGCCGGCAAAGGAACUACCGACAACUCCCACAAGGAUUCAUCUGCCAGCAAUGAUGUGGUUGCAAUGAAUGGGAAAGACGACAAUUGGGACUGGGACGACAGCGAUGGUGCUGAUGAAGUUAUGGACGUAGUGCCCCCGACACCACCAAGGAAAUCGCGGUCCAUCAAUGAUGGGUCAUUUUGUAGCACGACAAAAUAAGCUGCAUGGUCAGAUUUUUUUUCUUUUUGUACAGAACAAAAAUGCGUCUCCAGAGGUCACAUUAAUAACAACCUACAUAAAUUAUGUCAGAACUAAUGCAACUCUCUUGUGAUGUUUUCCGCUUUCGGGCAGUUGCUCGUGCGUUGAGUGAAGCCCUGAUAAUUUUUUAUAUAUAUUUUUGUGCAAAAGCUUUCAGCAGCUAUUCUGAGAAAUUAUGCGCAUUUUCAGAAACAUACCUUACCUAAAUAUUUAGAUUUAUGUAGGCGAAAAAAGUCAAUUUCUGCUACUUACACAAAAUUUUUUUACAUCACGUGCUACAAGGACACUUUAUUUGAGAGCCAGUUCCUUCUGUCAUUUUAUGUUAUCUGAACAACAUCUCUGAGGUAGGGGUGCAUUUGGUUUGCAACUCGCAUUUUAAAGCUUAGUGCACAUUUUGUAAAGUACAGCAGUGA